UGUGUAAUGGCUGCCUGAAGGAGUAAAAGAAUAUAGGCGCUUAGCCUGCUCUUAUAAUUUUACCAUAACAAAAGAAUAACGUCAAGACGUCUGAGUUAAAAUGGUUUAUAUUCAUCCAGAAACACAGCCUCUGACGAAAUCUAACAGCGUGAAGUGAACAGACAACAUUUGAGGUUGAGGCCCGUUUCUUGCCCUGCUGGUCAUGGCGAUGAGGGCCCGUUUGGAGGCGGUUCUGAAUGUGGGUCUGCGAAUCCCCAGCAUCCUGCUGCUGGAGGUGCUGUAUCGCUGGGAUGUCAGCUCCUUUUUCCAGAAGAUCCAGAGGAGCAGCCUCAACAAUAACCCCCUCUUCCAGUACAAAUACAUAGCUCUCUACCUGCAUUAUGUUGGUUAUAUCCUCAGUCUGGUGUUGUUGACAUUACCCCGGCAGCGCCUGGUGCAGCUCUACCUCUUAGUCCUCACGGCUCUUCUGCUCUUCGCUGGACACCAGCUCUCCAGGGAUUAUGUACGUGGCGAGCUGGACUCGGGCUACGAGGGACCCAUUUACCUGGAGCCACUCUCAAUGAACCGCUUCACCACGGCACUCAUUGGUCAGCUUGUGGUGUGUACGCUGUGUUCCUGCGUCAUGCAGACCAAACAGAUCUGGCUUUUCUCUGCUCACCUGCUCCCUUUGGUGGCCAGACUCUGCUUUGUGCCCCUGGAGACCAUUGUCUUCAUCAACCGCUUUGCCGUGAUCUUCACUGGUCUGGAGGUGCUGUACUUCUUGGCCACCAACCUGCUGGUGCCCUACAAUCUGGCGAAAACUGCCUACAGAGAGCUGGUGCAGGUGGUGGAGGUGUACGGUUUGCUGGCUCUAGGCAUGUCUUUGUGGAAUCAGCUGGUACUACCUGUGCUCUUCAUGUGCUUCUGGCUGGUACUGUUCGCACUACAGAUCUACACCUACUUCAGCACACGGAACCAGCCACCCUCCCGAGAGAGACUGCUCUUUCUCUUCCUCACAAGUAUUGCUGAGUGCUGUAGUACUCCCUACUCUCUGCUGGGGCUGGUCUUCACUGUGUCUUUUGUGGCGCUGGGCGUCCUGACACUCUGCAAGUUCUACCUGCAGGGCUACAGAGCUUUCAUGAAUGACAACACCAUGCAUAGGGGCAUGACAGAAGGAAUCACUUUGUUAAUCUUGGCUGUUCAGACUGGACUCAUUGAGCUGCAGGUCAUUCACAGAGCCUUCCUUCUCAGCAUCAUCCUCUUCAUCGUUGUGGCCUCCAUCCUGCAGUCCAUGCUGGAGAUCGCUGACCCCAUAGUUUUGGCGCUGGGGGCCUCCAGAGACAAGAGUCUGUGGAAGCACUUCCGAGCAGUGAGUCUGUGUCUCUUCUUGCUGAUCUUCCCUGCUUACAUGGCUUACAUGAUCUGCCAGUUCUUCCACAUGGACUUUUGGCUGCUCAUCAUCAUCUCCUCUAGCAUUCUCACCUCACUGCAGGUUCUUGGCACCCUUUUGAUCUACAUACUCUUCAUGGUGGAGGAGUUCCGCAAGGUACCUGUUGAGAACAUGGAUGAAGUCAUCUACUGUGUCAAUGGCACCUACCGGCUCCUGGAGUUCCUGGUGGCUGUCUGUGUGGUGGCGUAUGGUGUUUCAGAGACUCUGUUUGGGGAGUGGACAGUUAUGGGCUCCACCAUCAUCCUGAUUCACUCCUACUAUAAUGUGUGGCUGAGGGCCCAGCUGGGCUGGCAGAGCUUCCUGCUGCGCAGAGAUGCAGUCCACAAGAUCCAGAACAUGCCCACUGCUUCCACACUGCAGCUCCAGCAGCAUAAUGACAUCUGUUCUAUCUGCUAUCAGGAUAUGAAGUGUGCUGUCAUCACACCCUGUAGCCACUUUUUCCACGCCACCUGCCUGAAGAAGUGGCUGUACGUGCAAGAGACCUGUCCUCUCUGCCAUGGCCAACUCAAAAGCCAGUUACAGCCAACCAGCCCUACUGGUGCCACUCCACCAGCCAUUCAGAACCCAGCAGAGGCGGGACAGGCUGAACCACAGGCUGAGUUGGACACUGAGGAAAACGGCCAAGACAAAAGCACUCCCUCUAUGACAGCCACAGCUGAGCCAGAAUUCGGAAGAGACUUGCUAUCGGGGAGUUUGCAAACCCAGCCCAAAGAUUGUGACGCACCAUUAGGAACAGAGAGCAGCUGCUGAUGUGGAUACUGAGGGUUCAUGCUCCACGUCAGUUGUCCAUUCCUCUUCUGAAUCAAAGAGCAGCGCUCAAAUCUAUUCAGCCUGUUAAAUGACACACACAGGUUUUAAAAUUGCCAAUGUUGAGGACUCCAUUAGUUGAUGUUUAAGGAAUAGUUCACCCAGAAAUGAAAAAAAAAUGUCAUUCAUUCACCUUCAUAAAUCCCUAUGAUUUUCCUUAUUCCGUGGAACACAAAAGAAGUUUAGCAAAAUGCUCUUUUUGCUACAUUGAAAAUGAAUGGGGACAGAGCUCCAAAAUUCAUCAGAAAGCAACAUAAAAGCACUCAUGUUUUGAAGCCAUACAAAACAGAGCAAAAAUUAUUCACUGAAAAUCUUCCCUUUUGCUAUAGCCCUCAAAUGUCAUUCACAUCUCUGCAUAUUCAAACUUUUAAUAUACGCAAAUUAGUUUUAAGAGCUGCAAUGGAGGAAAGGAUUUUCGGCAAAUAUAAAUGUUCAUUUCUAUCUGUUCCUCACACCAAGCUAUUGGUUUCAGAAGACUUUGAAUUAUAGUGCACUAGUUUGGUAUUGACUACGUUUAUGAUAUAUUUCCUGAUGCUUUUUGUUAUUUUUGGAGAUGGCAUCCCCAUUCACUUUCAUUAUGUGGAAAAGAGCACCUGAGAAAAUCUGCUAAACUUCUCAUUUUGUGAUCCUCUGAAGAAAAAAAGAAAAGUAAUACUGUAUAGUUUGGAAUAACAUGAGAGUGAAGAAAUUAUAAGAUUUUCAUUUUUGGGUGAACUAUCCCUUUAAGCUGGUCACAUGUGUCUUUUGGGUGAUUGGUCGUAUUUAACCCCAAAUGGAAAAAAAGAUUAUAUUUUGCAUAAAAAGUCUACAUUUAGGACCAUUAAUGCUUUUUGCAUUAUGACAUUAUUUUCAGGACACAUUUUUAACCCUCUGUUCUCAUUACCGUAACAAGUCCGGAUGUUUUACUUUGACUUGUCCCAUUGUUUUCAGUUAUGAUUCUCAUUACCAUAACGCAGUAUUUGUUUUACCCUAUAUUACAGUAAAAUAUUAUGCUGUUGUAAAAUAAUUAUUUUAAUUAAAAUCAGCAAAAAUUAAAAGCAGUACCAGGAGAGUACUGCUAUGUAUAAAAACUUCCCAAUUGAAAUGUUUUUGUUGUUUUUUUUCAUGUUGCUGUAAUGAGAAUAUCAUUUUUUAUUUUUAUUUUUAUUUUUUUGUCUCAUUGCAGUGAUAAAAAAUGUAGGGGUAAAAGGUAUGUAACUGUCUUGAAAAUAAUGACAAUGAAAAAAAAAAAAAAAAAUCGUCAUAAAAUAGGCCUUAUUUUCUACUUGCUAAAUUAUUUUGCAAAUUAUUUUUAAUUUUGGAGUAAAAUAGGACCAGGACUUUUACUUGACCAGUUUCAUGAGAUUCACCCUUUUACUUAUUUUUGUAUGAGCUAUUCACAAUGUUGCUGGUCAAAAGACAUUUCGGAAACAUUUUUUAACUUGCUUCCAACCAAAACAUGGAGUUUGUCUCCUUGGAAAUAAUAGGAGAUUCAUGCUUCUUACACUAUGCUAAUGUACAUUGUGUUCAGCUUAUUGGAACUGAGAAAUGUUUGUGUACAUAAAACAGUAAAUGUCCUAGAAGUCUAUCUACAAAUGAGCCACCGUAGUGUCAAGACCCCUGCGAAGAAGUGAAACUGAGGAAAGUUUUUCAAGUGCCAUUGAGCCAGAUCAUAUGUUUUAUUAAAAUGUGCUUCCCAAUAUUUCCCCAGUUUUAAAGGGAUGUCUGACCCCAAACUGCUUUUUCAUUUCGUCCUAUAUAUAAAUGCACUGUUUACCAUGUUAACCAUUAGUGCAGAUAACGUCGACUUGUCAGUUUGGCAGUUGGCUUCAUUACUAAAAGCGAGCAUCUUUGAAUGUAUUUUGCAGUCUGUAAACCUGUUUUCUGGUUUUAAUGAACAUCACAGAAGUUGACAAUCAAUUUAAAACAAAUAUGUUGGAGUGGAUGCUCCAUUUAAGAACUUUCUGCAUUUUCCCAUAAUGAAAUUGGCAUGUUUUUACUUUCUGUACAUGUUUUGAAUGACUGUUGGUGUAUCCAAGUGUUUAUAACACCAAUAACGACAGCGCUCGAUUUAGACAUUAAAGGGAUAGUUCACCCAAAAAUGAAAAUUCUGUCAGUUACUCACUUUGAGUUUGGAAUACAUGAGGGUGAGUAAAUGAUUUUCAUUUUUGGGGCAAACGAUCCCUUUAAAAGCAGACUUAGUUUUGCCAUUAUUUUUAAGCUGUCAGGAAAACACUUUCUUUUGUUUGCAAGAGAAGUCAUGCCAAACUAUAUGUUUGCACUAAUGUUGUUUAUAGCGAAUAAUCGAUACUUUCGUCUUUGUCUUGAGCAACAAAUGCUCUUGGAGCAAAUGAUUUGUAGCUCAGUAUAACUGUGUGUACUUAUAUGGGCAAAUGUAUUCCUUUGUAUAUUCUUUUACAAUGUUUUAAAUACAGUGUUAAAGCCGCAGUAAGCAUUAUGAAGUGUCUGGAGGACUGUGUGAACACUUUGACCUCUCGAUAGGUAGAUGUGGGAUUGAUCCUCCAAACACUGAUAGUGGAUUUGCUGAUGUAGUUAAAGCCUCAUUGAUCUUAAUGUGAUUCACAGACACAUUUCAGAAUGGCAGGUUUGUGUAGAUGAAUACAUCUGAUGUAUGAGCAAACAUUUAAAGUCAUUCGAAAAACAUUUCUGUAUCUUGAGUUUUUGCACAAAUUUCUUUAAAGAAAAUAAAAUGCAAAUGGAGCUUGAA